UCUUAGUUCGAUUCAAAACGAAAAGGACAAUAGAUAAUUUUAACGACAGCGGAAAAGAAAUACCCGCAGCAAUGGAACUACCACCUCUGGGACUUUAUACAUUCAAUGUUACUUCGCCCACUGAGUGGAAACUAUUUCCUUGGAGAGAAACGGCCUCUACGAUAUUAAAUGAAAUGAAAAUAUUUAAUGAGAUUUUUAAAAUAAGUGUUUCUGUUGAGAAUUGCUUGCAACCAAAAUGGUUAUACAAUGAUUUGGAAACCACGAAAUCUUUUAAUUUAUAUGAAAUGUGCAAAAAUCUGGAUACCACAUGCAAUAAUUUGUUUGAAAUUUUAUUGGAGAACAAAUAUGUAUUAGCUGAAUUGCAGCGUUUUUCAUUAUUGCUGGAAGAAUCUGUCAAAAAUCGUGUUCGUCGCACUCCUCCACGGUGCAUCUAUUGUUUAAAUAAGCACGACAUUUGCAAUCAUGCUAAGAUUGCUAUUCUAUUUUCUGGUGGAAUUGACUGCUCAAUUUUAGCAGCGUUAUCGAACAAAUAUGUUGAUAAUUAUGAUUCAAUCGAUCUCAUAAAUGUGGCGUUUGAAAGACUAAGCCCAAGUCCAGAAACAAUUUGGGAUGUACCUGAUAGAUUAUCUGCCAAAAAAUCUUUUGCAGAGUUAAAAAAUGUAUAUCCCCAAAGAAAUUGGAACUUUGUCGAAGUUAAUAUAUCGCGACAAGAACUUUAUGAUAAUUUGCAGAAGCAUAUUAAACAUCUUAUAUAUCCUUUAAAAACUGUUUUGGAUGAAAGUAUUGGAUCUGCGUUUUGGUUUGCUUCCCGUGGCAAAGGAAUAUGCUUAGGAAAGGAAUAUUUAUCACCAGCAAGGGUUGUUAUAGUUGGAAGUGGUGCGGAUGAGCUGUUCGGAGGAUAUACGCGUCAUAGGAAUGCGUUUUGGCGCUUUAAAGGUACUGAGACCGAAAAACUUGAAAACCUUCAUAACGAAUUGGAUAAGGAUUGGAACCGAAUAUGGGCUCGUAAUUUAGGACGCGAUGAUAGGGUAGUAGCAGAUAAUAGUAGAACGUUAAGAGCGCCUUUCAUUGAAGAACAUCUAGUUCAAUACGUUCGCAGUUUCUCACCAUCGCAGCUUUGUUGCUUUCUACUGAAAGAAGGAGUAGGUGAUAAAUUAUUUUUACGACUAUAUGGUUUUCAAUUAGGUUUAAGAAAUAUAGCUUAUGAGAAAAAGAGAGCAAUUCAAUUUGGAUCAAAAAUAGCUAAUAAGAAACAAAAUGCAACUGAUCGUUCAAUUUUCUUGUAAUAUAAUAUUAUAUUAUAUGUAUUGAAAACUGAGAAGAAGAAAUUUGAUUCCAAGUUUUUCUAAUUUAACUUUUACAUUUUAACUAAUUGUUUGCAAAUAAAUAUUUAAAAGUUGA